UAUCUGUCAGAAAAAAACCAUCCCGAUCUGAGAACCGCUACACGGACACGCUCUCCUGGGACCACCGCCGGAUAAUAGGUGUUUAUUUUCGGGGUUCGGAGCCUCCGCGGACUCACGGAGAGAACAUGCCCUGCCGGAGGUAACCGACCGCGGGCUGCUGCUGCCUCCUCAGCCGGCUGAAGGACGGGGCAGGACGGACAGACGCAGAUGGAGAGGUCGGGCAGGCUGCUGCUGUUGUCGGAGCUCCGCGUCAGAAACACCGCGUACGACGUGAGCCUGACCCGGUCCGUGCUCACCUGGAAGAGACGGACCUCCAGCCCGGUGUACCACCCGUUCAGACCCAGGUUUUGUGUUCCUUCGUUCCCCCGUCGACCUCACUCAGGUGUGCAUCACAGUGUGUCUGUGUCAGAGAUCAUCUCUGUCAGAGAGGAAGACGAGGAGAACAUCAGCAGACGAAGAGACGAUGGCAGCUGGAAAAAGAUCAAAGAGAGUGAAGGAAAGGACUGCAGGCAGGCCUUCACAGUGUUGUACGUGGAGAGGUGUCGGCAGCACCGCUGGCGGUGUGCUGAGGUCACCUUCACGUGUCCAGAGGGGGCGCUGCGUCAACACUGGGUCAGCAGCAUCAGAGAGCAACUCGCCGCUGUCGCCAAUAGACCCAAACACCUGCUGAUCUACAUCAACCCGUACGGCGGGAAGCGACAGGGCAAACGCAUCUACGAGCAGAAGGUCGCCCCGCUGUUCGCUGCGGCCGGCGUCUCCACGGACGUCAUCGUGACGGAGUACGCCAAUCAUGCGAGGGAUCACCUGAGGACGGAGGCGGAGCUGAAGAAGUAUGACGGCGUGGUGUGCGUCGGAGGGGACGGCAUGUUCAGCGAGAUCAUCCACGGGCUGAUCUGGAGGACGCAGAUCGACGGCGCCGUAGAUCCAAACUGUCCGGAUGAAACGCUGCAGACCUGCUCGCUUCGGAUCGGAAUCAUUCCUGCAGGUUCAACAGACUGUAUCUGCUUCGCCACUGUGGGCACCAACGACCCCGUGACCUCUGCGCUGCACAUCAUAGUGGGAGACUCUCAGCCGAUGGACGUGUGCUCGGUUCACCACAACAACGCCUUCCUGCGAUACUCCGUCUCCCUACUGGGAUACGGUUUCUACGGCGACGUGCUAACUGACAGUGAGAGGAAGCGAUGGAUGGGACCGGCCAGAUACGACCUCUCAGGUCUGAAAAUGUUCCUGACUCAUCACUAUUACGAAGGAACCGUGUCCUACCUGCCGGCCAGGGGCAUCAUAGGAACGCCGCGAGACGCCGCCAGGUGUCGAUCAGGCUGUGUGGUUUGUCAGCACAACGGGAAACUGCUAACCGAGAGAUCUGAGAAGUACGAGAUGGAUGAAACAUCAGACAGUGAGAGUGACGGCGAGUGGAGGACGAUCCGAGGGAAGUUCCUGGCUAUAAACGCUGCCAGUAUGAGUUGUGCUUGUCCUCGCAGUCCCAAAGGCCUCUCACCUGCCGCUCACCUGGCCGACGGCACCACCGACCUCAUCCUGGUCCGAAAAUGUUCCCGCUUCGAUUUCCUCAGACACCUGCUCCGACACACCAGCAAAGACGACCAGUUCGACCUGACCUUUGUUGAGGUCCACCGGGUGCGGCGUUUCCGCUUCACGCCGCGUCACUGCCAGAGCGACUCUGACCUGGAGCUGGACCUGCUGGGGAACGCGAGCAAACGCCAGAUCUUCAGCCAGAUCUGCCGAGACCACCCGGCUUGCGGCUGCGCCCCCGCCUACAGCUGCUGGAACUGCGACGGCGAGAUCCUGACCCACACCGCCAUCGAUGUCAGAGUGCACUGCCAGCUGAUCAAGCUGUUUGCGAGAGGGAUCGAAGAACCGGCGGUGUUCGAGGAUCUCGCCAACCCCUGUGCAAUAUAGACCCGCGUCCCCAUUAUUCCCUGUCCGACACUGGAGCCGCUGCCUACGACAGGACAGGACACUCGACAUCGUUUUACUUCCUGGGUUUAAAAGUUUCUUUAAAUCACCAUGAACAGCUUUAAAUGUAUUUAAGAAACAAUCACAAAUCUAUAGACGCGAAAAAAGAUUCACCCUCAGAUUUUGGAUUUGUUGUGAGUGAGUGACGCUGGGGGUGUUUUGGUGUGAACAGCUGAUGGUCGCUCGGUGUCUGGCACCUGAUUUGUUUUAAUAUCGAAGUCCAAUCCUGAAACUGAGACCUGCUCUCAAUCACAGUGAUUUUUUUUCUCCGUAUGACUUGAUGAUCUUGACGUAACAAAUGUCGCAUGUAGCAGUGAUGUAACGUGUGGGGGGGGGAAAGGUCAAAGCAACAUGGACUCGUUGCAUGGCUGUGUUGGUGUUUUGACUAGAACUCAUAUUGUGGCAGUUUGGACUCUGACUCGUCUCGGCCUGGUAGCUGUCUGGACUCGGACUUGUCUGAGUGUUGUGGGGUUUUUAAUUCGGGCUUGUAAUGAGACAGACUUGUUUUGGUCUCAUAUGUGUCUGGACUCUUGAGUCUUGUGGGUGUUUUGACCUGGAUUUGUUCUGACUCGGACUCGUCUGGAUCUUGUGAAUGUUGACGCUGAGACUUGUAACGAGUGUGUGUCCUGACUCAGUCCGGUCGUGGUGUAACGGGUGUUUGGACUUGUUUCUGUCUCGGCCACGAGUCUGACCUGUUACAGUCUUCUGUCUUGACCAGGCUGCUGUCAGUCAGAUGUAAAGUGGUAUCAACUGCAUUUAUUCAGCAUAUAAGUAGAUUAGAAACUACUACAUAAAUCUUAGCUUGUUGCACUUUUUAAAUAGUUUUAAUUAUUUUAAAUAUUAAAAAAAAAAAAUGGAAUUAUCUGUUACAUGUUUUAAGGAUGCCAGACACCCUCCAGUCAUUCCCAGGGUCAGUCAUGUGAUCACGAGGGGUUCAUGUAGAAGGUAAAUCUCUUGCACAUGGUCAGUACUUGGAAAGGAAACUUAAUGCUGACAGGUGAUUUAUUUUCAACUGCUGAAUUUUCCUGUAACAGUCACCGUCUUUGUUCUUCAGCUGUCUGAGUGUUUCUGUUACGUUCUGCUUCUCAAACACAUCCAUUAGUGCUGUCUCCGUGUUCUCAUCGUUCCUCAGGAAGACCUGAGCUUCAAUCGUAGCUAUGAAUUUGUAUUUUUACUUAUACUAAUUCCCAGCAAUUUAGAAGGAAAAAAAAAAAAAAAAAGAAAAAUCUCAAAUUUUAAUUUUAGUCAAGAAAAAGUUGUGUCAGUCAAGCUGGUCGUGGCUGAAUAAGCCGAACAGCAAACACAUGAAUGUUUUUAAUCCUCCAUUUCUCCUCGAUAUGCAAUUGAACUCAGUCGGCGUAAAGGAAAUGGUCUUAAGAGUUACUGCUUUAACACUUAAACUGUGCAGAUAUUCUGUCUUCAAAAUGAGCUGUAGCUUCAGUUUACUCUCAGUGUAAUGUGAUGAUCCGUCCAGUUAAUUUUGUCUCAUAAAACCUCGAGAUAAUCAUCUGAACCUUCCACAAAUCAAGGAUAACAAUUCAACAGGCACUAACAUGUUUCAGCAAACAAAUGGCUUCAGAACUUUAUUUUUUUUUUCUACCUUUCAAAGUUCAAAAAUAUGUAUUUGGAUGGUUGUUACGUACCUCACAACGAGAUACACUACACGGCCAAAAGUAUGUGGACAGCGAGGCAAGGCAAGUUUAUUUACAUAGCACCAUUCAGAGGCAAUUCAAAGUGCUUUACAAUGAAAUAGCGCAUUAAUAAAGCAUUUGAAUAAACAAAAAUAUUUGAAGAUGUCACGCGAUUUUAAAAGAAGUGCUGCAGUGAUAAAAGACAUUAAAAACAAGAAAAUGCACAUGUUAGGGAUUUAUUGGUAAGCUGCAACAAAUAGUAAUAUUUUAAGCCCUGAUUCAAAUGAGCGAACAAUUUCAGCAGAUCUCAGGUGGAAUAUUUCACAUUGUACAAGUAGAUCAGAAAUGUGUUUAGACCCAAGACCAUUUAGUGUAGUGGGAUUUUAAAAUCUAUCCUUUGACACAAAAGCUUAGGAAUUAAUCAGCUGCCAUAACAACCUCCACUCUUCUGGUGUCACGUCCCAUUCAGCCACAAAACGCAUCAGUGAGAUCCAACCACAAAACCAAGGGAACAAACACUGUUGAAAACUAAAGUUAGAAAAACACUUUUGUCUAGAAUAUAAUUGUGUGCUGUAGCUUUAAGAUUUCCAUUCACUAAUAAUAAGGCCCACAAGCCAGGAUAAAUACGCACAGACCAAAAGAACACUAAAGCAGCGGUUGCCAACCUUGAGGUCUUGUUGGAUAAGUUUAUGUUGCAAUAACAGAAUAAUAUAUAAUCUGCUCAGUCAAUAGAAAUAUUCAACCUAUGUGAAGGGUCAGAAAGGUUGGGAACCACUGUAAUUAACAAUAUGAACACAGCUACCCACAUACUUUUGGCCACAUAGUUCACAUUUAUUUUCUGCUUGUUGCUUGUUAGAAAUUAAGAUUGUUUCACUUAUAUAGAUGUAAAAAAGAAAAAAAUAGAGUUAUGAAUUUUAUUAUAUUAGUGGAAGGUUCAUGUUAUUGAUUUUGGGUAGUUCUCUGUAAAGUCCAGUGUUGAUAUUCACUGAAGUCUUUCUCAUGUUUUAAACACUAGUUUUUAAAUGUUCUGAAACCUCGGCGUGUUGUAGCCUGAUGUCAACUCACUGUGCUGCUGCUGCUCAUUGUGUCCAUGAUGAUAUUCUACUUUUAGAUUCAUGUUCUCCUAGUUUUUCCAUUUUCUUUACCCAAUCACAUUCACAGUGAAGUUACAUUUUCUUCAGGAUAUCAUUUGCAAACAUUGCAGCUUCCAGGAGACACGAUGGUUUCCAUAUUCUGGACCCAGAGACAAAUCAGACAGGAAAUAGACUAUCAGCACUGGACUGUCAGGCUGUAGAUGCUGUUUGUUUGUUUGUUUGUUUUCUUUCUUUGUUUGUUUGUUGACAAGCAGUUCUGUUUCCUCCCUGCUGACGUCGAGCUGGACUCAAACUGACGGAGGAGGGAACCAGUAGCAGCUCACGGUGCUCCAAACCACCGAUCAAUCACCUUUCAGCUUUCUCCUGAUUUUAAUCUGACCAAAUACCAGCCGGGGUUUCACGAUGUAGCUGUUUAUCUGUGAUGUUGUAGCUCAGUCUGCUCAGUCUUCACGGGUCCAAAACGUUGGACCCACUCCAAGCAGACCCAUGGAAAACAUACACUAAUUUUUAAGGAAAAACAGAUCUGAUCCAAAAGGAACUUGAGGACAGACAGAACUGGUCUGAAAUAGACCUGAAGAUAUUUAGACCGGAUUCAAAAUGUGGUGGAUCUGACCAGAAGGAAACAGAGUGAGCACACGCAGUGGCAGCAGCACGAUCUUCCGCUAACAGGAAUACAAUAAUACAGCAGGACUCUCACAAACCUGGUUAGCCUUAGGUCUUAGAGCCUUGGUUAGAAGUUACCGAGUGGAUCUGUGAAGACCUUUAGCUCAGCUUCCUGUCUCAUGUUGAUUUAUGUCUUAAUAUUAUGUAUGGAUGCACAAUCAGAGUCUGGAUGUUUGCUGUAAAAACCCAAACAACAAACCAAAUGUGUGUACACAGAGGUCGACUGAUGGCAGAUGACUGAAGUGGAUUUUUAAUUAGGAGAGGAUAUAAAAUUAUUUACAUGUAGCCUGGCUGAAAUCAUUAAUUAAACAUCUUUGUGCUUUAGUACUAUCAUAGAUUUACUGUCCAAUUUAGCAUCAAAGCAGACACUGGUAAAUUAAUUUGCAUGUUUUUUGUGAAAUAGUCGGUGCUGUAAGCUUGGAGAAGUAGUAAAUACUUGGCUAGUUACUGUAGCUGGUGAGCUAACGCUAACAUGCGCUUUAGCCGGGAACGUGCUGGGCCUGGUCAGCUGUAAUAGUCCAUCUAGCUAGCUGCUAACAGGUAGUAGCCAAACUAUUUUAAUUGUUUACUAGCUAAAAUUCAUCUUUGCGUCUUAAUGAAAAAGGCAGUACCAGAUGCUAGGUGAUGUUUCACAAGGCUAGUCAGUGAACUGCUGUAUGUGGCUAGCUUACAGCUAACUCCCUGUUAGCAUCUUUGCCUCAGGAUUGUGAAUUAUUUAAUUCAAUAAAACAUAUUCAAAAAGAGGAGGACAACAUUUUUAGGUUAGCAAGCUAGUUAGCUAUGUUGUUAACAGAACAAUAAAUUCACAGUUUAUUCGACAUAUUUGUUUUAUAACAACAGAGGACGUUAAAUAGUAAGCUUUAUUUACCAACAGCUACUGUCCUGGGUAUUAUAAAAGUUAAAGAACUACACAAGCAUCAAAAACCACCAGUUAACAGCUAGCACGCUAUGUGUAUUGCUAACCAGACAAUAACUUAACACAGCCAUUGAAGGGAACCUAUAAUUAGUGUCAUGGCCUGCAGAAUGUUAAGACAAGUUGAACGCAGUCUAUGCAAAGGUUUCUUAUAAAUUCAGUUCACUAGUGAAUCGAUUGUAGAGAAAACAUCAAAAUGUACUGAUUUAAUAAUGAAAUAUUGAUGAUAAAUGCUGACAUGACUGGGACCUUUUUUAAGAGAGUUAAAUAUAUGAAAACAUAGAUUAUGGAUUUACAGAUGUCAACAAAUCAUGAGAACGUCUCUAGUGUUGUUUGUUGUUUUGCUAACAACAUGUUAUUUUUAGUACUGAUUAAUCUUUAAAUUUAUUUUUUCUGAUUGUCUGAUCAAGAGAACUCAAACGUCACCUUUCAUCCUCAGAGUCCAAGGUGUUUCUUUAACCUCUUUCUUGACUUUUUACUGAGGAAAUGAAUGAGUGAAUGAAUGAAUGAAUGUAGCAUUAGUUGCUCCCAAUGUAAAGCCUCUCCUGUAAACAUGCAACAUUUUUAUUUUCAACACUGUAGUUUAACCUGACACUGAAAAUUGCUUUUGAUUUAAUCAGUCGACCUCUAGCUGUAUUCUGAGCUGUAACUGAUCUUUACCUUCUGCUGUAGCUGUUUCAUUAUCAGGAAUUAAAAACAUAUUCAACCCUU